AUGACUGAGUCCUGGAAUCUCAACCCGUACAAGUGUACUCAUCCUCCAAAGACGCUUUGGAGGGUGAUACACUCUGGCACCCAAUCUCGACGAUGUCCAUCUACAGGAGAUCUUAUUGCGUCGGACAGCACCCGUAUAAUCAGAGAUGAACCAGAGCUGAAGCAAGCAAUCGAAAAACACAUCAACUGGUGGAGCCGCCAACCAAGCUGCUUUCUAUCAGUAUUUAGUAAUAGGCAACAUGCUCGUAAUUGGGCGGAGCAACGCGGGGCAACACAAUCCCGAGUCGAUAUUUACGAGAUAGACACAACGCGUCUACCACCCGAUACAUAUCUCUUCGACGUAGACUCGCUGAAGGCUACGUUAGGCUUUGUUCAUCCGGCAUCAACCCACGAAUUCUUAUUCCUACACCGCAUCCCGGCCCGGGCCAUAGUCAGCAAGCGAGGUCUGGGAGAGAUCUGGGAAAAGGAAGCAGAGGCUCGACAUUAUGCCGCCCGUCCGUUCGACCCGAACUACCAUUGGGUUCCUGACUUAGACGGAUGGUACGAUUCUGACGAAGAGUGCGAGGAACGCAAUAGAUGCGAUGAUUUGAUUAAUAUGAUAGAGGGGAAUUGGAACUGGAAUGUAUAAAAUGACCAAAAUUUAAUAAUUCUGAUGGUGACAAUUGAGGAAAAUCAGCCGGC